AGCUGUGUAACGUGAAAUAUUAUAUAAAUGUGUAUUUCAAAACCGCAGGACCUGUUUUUAUAUCGUUUCAACUAAUACAAGAGAGUAACUGCUGGCAUCUCCUGUCUUACUUCCAGUUUUUCCACUUGGUGGUUUUGUACGCUACAGAUUGCACACACAUUUGAUGAUGAACCGCAAGUGACAGAGAGCUUCCGGUGACUGAGAGCAGCUGACUAUAGAGGAGAGUUACGGUUGUAGAUUGUGGAUGUAGCUCUUCUUGGCUGGAUUUUUUAUAAACGUAUGGUACAGAAGGUUUACGAAGUGACUUUGAAUAGUAUUCAUAAAUAGUGUGAAGUGAGUUGUACUGCACUACAUGGUGAGAAUCGGAGUUCGACACUGCUAACACUUCACUCCCAUGGAUCCUCUGGGAGCACCUUCUCAGUUUGUGGAUAUCCAAAGUCUGUCAUCCUGGAAUUCAUCGCAGCAUGAAGAUGAGCGAGACUCCAUCAUAACCAAUGGAAAAUUUCUUCAAAACCAAAAAAGCAGCUCACCUUUCCCUUAUAGAGAAGAUAUUAACAGGAAAAUUAUACUUUGGAACGGAAAUGUAGCACUUUUGAAUUGUACAGCCAUCGUGAACACCAGCAAUGAAACUCUCACGGAUAAGAAUCCUGUAGCUGACAGCAUCUUUAAGUAUGCUGGACCUGAACUCAGAGAGGAACUUCUAAAAUUAAAAGGAUGCCGAACAGGUGAAGCAAAGAUUACAAAAGGAUACAAUCUUGCUGCUAGAUUUAUCAUCCAUACCGUUGGACCAAAAUACAAACCAAAAUACAGAACAGCUGCUGAAAGCUCCCUCUUCAACUGUUAUCGAAAUGUACUUCAGCUGGCAAAGGAGGAAGCAAUGUCAUCCGUAGGGUUUUGUGUCAUCAAUUCUAUUAAGAGAGGCUACCCACUAGAGGAUGCCACGCACAUUGCAUUCAGAACUGUGAGACGAUUCUUGGAGACUCAUGGAGAAACAUUUGACUUUGUGGUGUUUGCAGUCUCAGAUCUUGAAGAGGGUGUCUACAGGAAUCUACUACCUCUGUAUUUUCCUAGGUCAACACAGGAAGAGAUUGGGUGUUUGUCUCGCCUUCCUGCAGACAUUGGAAAUGCUUUAGGGGAGCCUGUGGUGCCAGAACGACAGAUAAGGAUCACUGAGAAGCCAGGCAUUCUGAAUGAUGACGUGGAAGAUGAAUUUGAGGAAAAGGAUGUGUCUUACAUUGGCUCCCAUGCCUUUGCUCAGAUGGAAGGAGACAUUGACAAACAGAGGCGCAUAACUUUGCAAGGAAAUAUGUCUGAACAGGCCCUACAAAAACAGCACCAGCGAAAUUAUCAGCGCUGGUUAUGCAAGGCAAGAUCUGAAGACCUGUCAGAUGUGGCUGCCUUGAGAGCAUUAUACCAAACAGGUAUGGAUUCACAUGGCCGGACAGUCAUGGUGGUUGUUGGGCGAAACAUUCCUGCUACACUUAUAGACCUGGAAAAAGCUUUGUUAUAUUUCAUCCAUGUAAUGGACCACAUCACUAUGAAGGAGUAUGUAAUGGUGUAUUUCCAUACAUUAACAAAUGAAAAUAAUCACCUGGACUCAGAUUUCCUGAAGAAACUGCAUGAUAUUGUUGAUAUCCGGUACAAGAGGAACUUAAAAGCCUUUUACUUUGUUCAUCCAACUUUUCGCUCAAAGGUUUCAACAUGGUUUUUUACAACCUUUACAGUCUCUGGAUUGAAGGAAAAGGUCCACCAGGUGGAGAGUCUCCGACAGUUGUAUGCAUGUAUAUCUCCAAAUCAGAUAGACAUCCCACCUUUUGUAUUGGAUUAUGAUUCCAGGGAGAACGGGCCCUUGUAUUCACAGUAUUAUGGAUCAGGACAGCUCUAAAUUAGUUGCGGAAACUUCCUGAUUGGAGUAAAAAUAUACAGCAGUUCUAAUGCUGUAUCCGAGUGAUGGUUCUUCUCACAUCUAACAGUUAUGGAGGAAAAGUGGAGGAGGACCUCCUGCCUGAGAUUUUUAUUGUGUGAUCAGAGAAACAAUCAAAGAACCUAGAGUCACUGUGAACAAUGAUAUCUGAAAGCGAGGUUCAGAAAUCAGUUUAUAACUUUUUAGUAGUAUGGGAAAAUGGAUCAGAAAUAUGUAGACUUUCUAUAAAAAGUUGAUUUAGUUAAAGCUGUGAAAUCUCCUUUCUUGUUGUUCAAUACAAUAUAUAUUCCACAUGUAGUGGUGGUAAGUCAUUAUGUUUUCUGAUCAGGACACAGGACUUCAUGAAAGCUUAAAAUGCUUUUUUCAGCAUAAAGGGUCCACUUCUGUGGUCUGAAAUAAAAUGAUAUGUGGUUCUCUUUGUGAUAACCUUUCUGAACUCUGCUAGGCCAUGAGCACAAGCAGUGCCUUAUAUGGUGUGGGUACUUGCUGAAUUUGCUGAAAAAAGAUUUCCUUGGCUCAGUGGCAUAGAACACUUUAAAAACCUGUCAUAUUCUGUAAAUCGUAUGGUUUCUUUGUUUACUUGUGACUGUUACUUUUAUCUGUGCAAUUGCUUAGUGUAUUUUCAGUGUUCAUAGAAGUCACUGAAAGUGGUUUUGUGAUUCUUUUCUUCUGUUUGUUUCCCACAAGAUGCAACAGCAUCUGUUUUCACCAUACAUCUUUAUGGUGAAAGUUCAUAUACACUUAAGCAUUGUAAAAAUAUUGUGCAUUUUAAAAAGACGUGUUAUAUAAAGCUAAUUUAUUUCAUUCAUUGAAGUAACUUACAGUGAUGCAUUCCCAGAAAUAGGCAUAUUGUGAAGACAUGUUUCUUCUUCACUGUUGCAUCAUAAUGGAAAUGUGUUCAUAUGGAAGUGCUUUUAAGGUAUAGUGCCUUACCUGCAUUUUUGCUAUUCUUAAAACUUGUGUGAUUUUGUACAUUUUGCCAUAGUAUGCAUACAUUGGGGUGUUUUAGGGAUUAUGGUUGCUGUCCAAUGUUUGGGGUUCAGUCCUAAUCUCACAUCACUGUCUGUUUUGACAUGUGUGACAUUCUGCAGACACUUCCGUUUCCUCCCACAUACCAGAAACUUGCUAGAUGACUGGCUGCUGUUAACAUCCCAUGUAUGUAAUGCAAUUGCCCUUCCCUUUGGUCAUGGCUGAAAAGGGUCCAUAAAGAACCAGUCAGUUUGCCAGUUAAUCAAUACCUUAAAUUAAAUAUUUAAUUUUAGCUGCCUUAAAUUGGAGAAAUAAUUCUGCUUCACUUUCAUACUGAGCAUGCCUAUCACUAAGGAAUUACUUUAAACAUAACUGUCGUGGCAUGUUUCUAAUUUAUAUUGUGUUCUACUUUAUUCCUUUAACCUGAUCAGUUUGUUGAACUGUUUUGUUUAAUUGGAUAAUAACAAAAAACGUUAUUCAUUUCAAGGCACUGCAAGAUCUCAGAUUUCAUUCAGAAACUGGUAGGCUGCUAUAUCUCCUGCAUCAUUGUGAAUCUUGCCGUAAAUCAGUAAUGAAGCAAUUAAUUGUAAGAAAAGCUAGCGCUUAAGAUUAAAAUGUAAGGUAGAAAAUGUUCCCGUGUUUUUUUACAGCCUACAUAGGCAAUAAGAAUAAAAGUUACUGAGCUAUUCUUGGAGACCUCAGUAUCUGUGUAGCGUAUUUUUACUUGGGAAAUGUUGAACAGUUUUUGCAGUGCAUAAAUUGCUGCUGUUUAGAUUUUUGGGGGGAUGGAGGUGGGCUAAGUAUGAUGGUAUUUGCAUAAUGUGCUACUCAGUAUUAUGAUCAGGUCUCUGACCAAGACCAAGUUAUGUUUUUGAGACAUGGGUGUCAAGACAUUCACCUUUAGAGUAAAGUGCAAGAAGUGAAUCUUGACAUCCACCUUAGGAACACAUAAUUAAUUUCUUAUGAUCAGAGAGACUUGACCAUAUUUUUUGUAGUCCGUGGAGCUUCACCUGCUCUCACAUACUUCUGGUUGCAGAAAAAAGUAUAAGAAUGAGAAGUGUUUACAGGUUUGAAAGCCCAAAACAUCUGGCACUACCACACAGAGACAGUAGCCAGAAGCUAUGUCUUAACAGCUUUAAAAACUGUCAAACACUAUAGUCUGCCUGUUUUGUGUGGCAGUGAGAAAUCCUUCUUGCUGCUGUUUUGUGGUGGUGGCUAUGUAUGCUGUUGCGUGAGAACAUAACACUAAGCCUUGUGCGCUACUCUGUCAGGGAAAUGCAUAACAUCGUUGUUUUUCUCCCAGUUUGGAGCAUAAUCAGGGUGCUGCAUGUACUACACAGGUUUUUGGGUUUUAUCUUUCAUUAUAUUUUUGUUGAAUAAGUUUAGUUAAAAUGGAACCAUUUAUAUUGCACUGAUGUGCCUACAGACCUGUACAAGAAUUAUGACUCCAUUCUCUUUUUCUGGAAAUAAUUUUGAGGGCAAGAAGUACAUUCAAGACUGGAAUAGCAUUAUGUACAUAGGUUGCCUGUCAGUUUUCUACAGUCAGGAUUCAGUUUUUCAUGCUUCAGCUGCUGCAGUAUUCAGACUAAGUCCAUUAAAUUGCUUUUGAUAGCCUUUCACCUUACAUUUAAUAACCUUAGAAGAGUGCAAUCUGAGAGGUUAUAUUCAGUGGUACAGAGAUUUCUAGUUAUGUGCAUUUAAAAUUCCUGUGUAGCUCAGGGAGCCAGCUGAUGCCAAACCUUAGCCUGGCACACUGCCUCAGAACACACAAACAAAAUGAGGAAAUUGGGUAGUCAUUUGAAAUGUUGGAACUCAAAAUGAUGAGUUCCAAAAUAUGGACACUGAAUGACAGAAAAUCCGGACUUGCAUAUACCAAGGUUGAGCUUGCCAGUUCUUGAGUAUUCCCGAAUAUUUCCUUUUCUCCAAGGCUUGGGGAUAUCAAAGUCAGUAUAUAUAUUCAGGGAAUGUAGGGGAGCUUGACCCCUAGAAAAGAAAUCAAGUUUUAAGGAGAAGAGCAAUGUUCAAUAUUUACUGUACCCAUUAUUUUCAAUUUUUAUUUCAGAAUUUUGGGACUUGGUAUUGCAAGUCCUGACAUUUUAAUAGGAAGCUGCAAAUUAUUUGUUACCACAUGACUGUCAUCUCGAGUGCAUCUUUCAUUUAAGUUGUCAUGAAUUUCAGUCAUUGGUUAGCCCAACUAAAUACUGGGGUAUGUGCUAAAAAUAUUUUUACAGUCUUUUAAAAACCCACCAAAUAAUAAAAUCACUUCCGGUAUGAUAGUUGGUCACUGCAGUGAUUUUACAUGCAAAAGUUUGCAUAUUUUAGAGGAUGAAGUUUUAUGUUGAAAUGGCAAUGUAGUUUACCUUCUUUUCAUUUUUGGAUUUCAUUGUCUUUAAUUAUAACUAUGUAUAACCGAAACUGGUACUUGCUGAAUAGGAUUUGCCAAAAAUAUACUGCACUAUAUAGACCAGCUGCUUGUUGUUGUAGUACAACUGACUUGUGAAAUUGUUAAAAUUAAAAUCAUUGUUAAGCCAGAAUGUAUUAUAUACUUAUACCCAAGAGAAAUUGCUUCUUCAGUGGCAUUCCAUUACAGCUUCCACAUUCCAGCAAUAAUGUUUGCUUUGUAUAGUUAUGUAGUAACUUUUAUCAGUAGUGCACCAUUCUUAAGUACUUCCAUUCUGGCUGGUGCCUAGUAUUUUAUUGUUGUCCCUUUUGGCUUGGCUGGCAUAUAUCUUACUGGUGUGUGAAACCUCAUGCUUUCUGCUUUAAUUCCAGCUGUCCUAAUUUGUAAGGAGUUUUAAAGUGGAUCCAGGCAACGGGAUCUCUUUCUACUGAUACCCAACACUCAGUGAAAGAAAAAAACAAAUGUCGCUAUUUGUCUUGGUAAAUUCCAUAACCAGCUCAGCUUAUCAGUUCAUUACUCUGUGCCCUUCAGUUGGUUUAAGAGUCAGGUUUGCCAGCAUAUUGUGCCAUAGUUUAUCACCACUUACUCAGACUGAGUAUUCUCCUUUUUGUCUUAAAAGAAACAUAUAGGGGUAACAGUUUGUGCUUACUAAGUGUCAUGGUGGACAUUAAGCGCCAAGGUACGGCCAUUAGUUUGGAUGGUUACUUGGUGUCCCCAGUUGUAAUCAGUGCCAUUACCUUUGUAUCAUUUGCUUAUAUCGCUAGUCGGAACGUAGGGCCUCAUUAACUGUUUUCUACCUUGAAGAGGCUAGACAGAUAGACAGAGAAGUGAUGUAUCAGUAAAACAUUUGUUUUCAACAGUCCAGCAAUAUUUGACAGACAGCUGACAAACCCAGAUUAAGGAAUUUGGAGACCAGGGCUAAGAAUUCCAGACCUUGGUCCCCUUCAGGGCCCACUGAUCUUACUGUAGCAUCUGUCUUCCCACCCUAUGCUUCAGUGAGAUGACAACUACUAUCUUUGAAUAUUCUUGGUCACCUGACUACAAAAAGAAGAGAUGCAGUAAUGAAGCUUCUUCCCAGUUGCCAUUCUUGGGAGCAGAUUGUUGGUUGAAAUUGUAGGGGAUGCCAUAGCUCACACUUCAUCUAAAACUGUCACUUGUAUUUGAUGUGAAAGCCCCCCCCCCCACACACACACACACACACACAUCCUGCAAUGAAUUUGUCUGUUAUCCCUGAGAUUUGCCUUCAGGAUAUUUUCCCUUACAGAACAUCUACCACUGUCACCUCAAUUUGAGAUUCCCCCUGUUGUGAUAGCACUCUGUCUUCUUGCAACUAGCCAACUACCACCCCUUGUAACUCAUUUGGGUAUAGUACACUGAUGCUGACCUAUGCCUUCCCUCCUGCGUCAUCAGUGUGCUGUGCACUUGCAGCAUUACCUGAAAUGUUUCACAUUUAUUUUCUGUUAACCCUGAUAGUGCAACCAUGGAGUUAGUAUAUUGGGGGUUAACCAUUUACAUGUGGAAGUUCUCGUGCAAGACACUGUCUUAAUGAUUUAUAUGUCCCAUGGAUAUGUGCAUUCAGAGAGUUUGUCUCUGUUGGUGUGCUUGUGGGCAGUCUUAUUCCUAGCUCUUACAGUGGAUCUGUUUUACCUCUGACCUUUUUCGAACUGUCUGGAAAUAUUUAUGUUGGUUAGAGCCCCCUCUGAAGUGCUGUGCAUGUGCAUUUGCAGGGAUAUGUACAUGUUCACUUGUCCCUAGGUUUUUUUUUUAUUAAGUACUUUUGAAAAGGGACCUUUACAGCCCAAUCUGUCAUCUUCCCAUGGAUUACAGUUACACCUCUAGGACUCUAUACCCUUGUACAUAGCUGUUAAGUAAAGGUGUUGGUGAAGGUGUUUGCUCUAAAGAGUCUUAAUGAAAUUUUAUUUAAUUUCAUGAAGUUUUCUUGGUUUGUUCAGAUGCAGGACCAAGAAGUGGGUUGUUGUGUACCUUCUUUAACCUAGAUGUAAGAGGUGCCAUUAUAAACUGGGUCUUAUAAUUCCCAUAGAGAAGACUACUGAAAGUAAUCCCAUUAUGUUGACUCAUUUUAGUUUUGUUGUAUUUGAAAUCUUUGAGUAUGAUUAAUGCUUAUGUUUGCUUUGAAGAGGCAGGUUCCAUCUGCCAGAAUGGCUUCAUAAAAAGCACAAGACAACAUUGGGUAGUGUGACAUAAGCGGUUAUCCUCUGGAAAACAUUUAAACAUUUUCUCCUUCCCGUCACUGUAGUGUGCUAGAGUUGUAAUGUAGCCUACCCACAUGCCUUGCUGCACAUGUUGAUUGCUACCAGAUACAGGUUUCAUGAAUGAUGCAUGAAAAGUUUUCCUUCCAAAGAUAUUGCUUUUGAAAUCUACUCCAUAGACAUGCUGUUCAUAUCCAAGGGCAGGAUCCAGAUCUGGUUGGUUAUUAGGUCAUUUGCAUCUCAUUGAACUACAGUAUACAAGCCGGGAGUGGGCUUUUGUGUUUUAAAGAGCAUUGAGUAAGUGGUGUAAUGAGCUAGGGUAAAAGAGUCUGUCGCAGCCUGGUCUUUCUCUUCUUAAUAGGUUUAAUUCUCAUUUCUUGCAAGAAGUAAAAUUAAUUUGCUACUGAUUAAAGUGAAAUACAGUUUCUGUAACAACCAGAUAGAUCUGCAUCAUUUACUGAACAAUGUUUAUGUAUACAUGUAGCUUGAUUUACUUUCAAGCAGAUUUAGGCAGAUAUAAUAAUUCAGUUACGUGAAAUGCAGCAAACAACAUAAUUCAACAGUGAAAAGUUUAUGAAGUGUAUUAUCUGCUUUAGAAAAAAACUAUGUAGUGUAUAAUUGUCCUCCUGCUGUGACCUGGAGUGGGGGCAUAGUGUUGUAUCUUAGAAUUGCAAUCUUUGAAUACAGGUAAAAGUAUUACUUUGAAGAGGGAGAAACUUGAGUAUUUUGUUUAUCCAAGAUUGUUUUGAAAUUUUGAUGUUACUUAUCUAAAUUUUCUGGUACAAGAUAUUUCAUUGUAAACUUGAUUAAAAUAAUUAUUUGCCAUUUA